UAGCGAACAAAGAUAUUGAGAUAGGACAGCAACCAGCGAUCAGUUGUUUGGUGGUCAGAUCACUGACCAUAUCACUGACCACGUGCUAACUAUUCGGCGGAUUGUUCAUCUAGAGACAGGUAGACGAUUGUCAAUAUGCCUGUCAGUCGCAUAGGUGUCUGGUUAGUCGGAGCGAUAGCGUUACUUGAGGAAGGAACAUGCCUCUUGUCACCACAACAGCGAGCAGACAUCGAUUCCCGUUUGUCACGUGACAUGUCCAUCCCGCCAUUUUAUUUUUCCAAAAACACCACCGAAGUUAAGAUGCACAUAUUAAUGACAAAUGUACGAUUUGAUGAUGAGAACAAGGCGGAUUUUACAUUCUAUACUUACCAAAUAUGGACAGACGAGAGACUGGCGUAUCCGAGCAUAUCAAAUGAUACCGAGGCUCAUCACGUGGUUAGACAGGUUUACUUUGGCAACAUUUGGUUGGUGGAGAGCUACGUUGAAAAUGAGCUUUAUUCGCACGUCCAUGACACGGCCAUGCUGAACCGGUUCGUGUGGAUAUUUCCUAACGGGACCAUUGUCUACAGCAUGAGACUGACGGUCGGCCUGGCGUGUAACCUAAUAUCAGUACGUUUCCCAGUUGGUGAAUUCAGCUGCGACCUAAAAUACAGAAUACAUUCAUACUCGAGGGAUCUGGUAAUGUUGAAAUGGUCCCCUGAUAAACCUGUGAUAUUCACCAGGAGUGCACAGGAAGACUCUGUAGAUACAAAACAGUGGAAAUUCUCAGGCUGUGACGCAGACGACAGUGCAGUACUGGAGAGUUCCUGCCUGGAAAUGUCGGUUGUACUCACCCAGGACUACAUGCGGUCGAUGGUCCGCCUCUAUAUGCCCAGUAUAUUUGUUGUGUUCGUAGGCUGGCUUAAUUUCUGGAUAGAUCGGAAACAAGUGUCAGCCCGGAUCAAACUUGGCACAUUAUGCCUACUCGCUAUGAUCACGGAAGAGGUGGGGAUUAAAUUCCUACUUCCUAGCAGUAUCCAGUUUGACGCCAUAGAGGUUUGGUUUUGUGCCAACCUGGUGUUUGUGCUUGUUACUAUUGUGGAAUACACUUUCGUCCAUGCAGUUGACUGCUAUCAAGAGAAAUGGUAUAAAAAAUACGAUUCGAAAUCACCUGUCCAUCAUUGUAAGGAGAAUGGAAAUGGCGCCAUCGACACUAUUGACAUUUCUAAGAAGGAGCCACAACAUCCUGAUGCCAUUGGAAGCGACACAUAUACGAGUUAUGACAUUGAACCCAAAGAUGGGGAUACAUCGUGUUGGUGGAGCCGCGUUGUGAUGAAAAUUUCGUCUGGGUUUAUAGAGAAAUCUGCUAGGAUUCUGUACGCAGUCGCUUAUGCCAUUUUCCAGACAUUUUACUGGUUUUAUUACCUAAAUCAUACCUAUGUGUUCGAGAAAACGAAACCAAACAUAGCGAUUGUAUAGAUAAACAGAAAAUGCCGCAGUCACGUCGUCAGCAUGGAAUACAUAAAAAAA